AUCCCCCAAAGUACCUGAGAGAACAUCCGGCUGGGGUGUUGUUGCUGGCAAGGGGAGCAGGUACUAUGCCCCCACAUUCAGGUGAGUCUGAUUCAUCUGAUGAAAUGAUCCUUGCUUCAGCUGGGGGAUCCUUGGUAGAUGUCAGUACUGAUGCCUCUGACACUGGGUCUCAGGAUAACUCUACUUUGGUUGAGCUGGAUUGUGUCACUGGCAUUGUAGUUCCAGGUCCUGGGCCUCCUCUUGGGCCAAUGGGCACAAGGAGUGAGUUGGGACUGAGAAGAGGUCGGAGAGUGAAACGCAGGAGAGAAAAAUCUAUUGCACCUGAGAGGGUUACAGAGCCCCAAAUAUCACAAAAUCUGGUUUUAAAGCCUUUAGAACAACUGCCAUGCUCGGAGCCUGUCCCGAUGAAAAUGGUUGAGCAAAGAGGACAUUCUAGUCCUGUUGUGUCAUUACCUGGAGGGUCUCUUGGAUGGGAUGUGUCUUGUAUUGUGCCUCCUGGUUCCACACUCAUUUCAGUAGAUUUGGUAGAAAGAGAGGUUAGUCUUGGACAUGAGCAGUUAGAGGGUCUGGAAUCCUCGGGUCUUGACACAUUAGAUCGUCACAUUUCUUCAGCAGACGGUGUUGUAGGCAGUGUAUCUGUGCUGGAGUCUGAGGUUGAUCAGGUGGUUCGUGGAGGUGAUCAGGUGGUUCAUGGGGCUGAUCAGGUGGUUCAUGGUGGUGAUCAGGUGAUUCGUGAGGAUCGUGCAGUGGAGGUUACAUCUGGGGAGGUUCUGCAGGAACCUAGCUUUCAUGGUUUUGAUCAUGAGGAAACCAGCGAUUUCUCAGGGUUCCAGCAGGUUCAGGGGCCAGUUCUCCCGGAAUACCUCCUUAAUAUAAAUAUUAAACUUACCGGGGCCGAACGCCUCCCCUUACAACACCUUUUUUCAUAG